UGGCAUCGUCGUUGGGGCGUAAUGAGACCUAGCAACAAUUUUCACAUAAUUCGUUUAUUCCUCAGGUAUAGGCCCAGAUUUUGCCUUGCUCGUAGUUCGUAUAUCAGGCAUAUAUCUUCAGUCAACAUCCAAGGAAAACUUUGGGAUGGCCACCCACGUGGCCACGUGCGGUCUGGCCGACUGCCGGCCGUCGCGAGCCCGCUGUCGCGGCCAUUUUCCGGCAAUGAGCCGGACGAGUCAUCCAGCCUGCUUGAUGAGGCAGACGAGCUGGACUCGGUCCGCGUCCACCUCUACCCAGACACUGAUGACCACGUGCUGAAGGCGCUGGCCAGGGUGUCGACGGCGGAGGAGGUGUUCGCCGCGCUGGGCGAUUCGCUCGAGCCGCGCCAUCUCUGUCAGGCCAUGGCGACACUGUGGGACGUGCACAAGCUGCAGAAGGGUCCAAGCCGGCCACCUGCAGACGACGUCCGCCGCCUGAAGACGGCCCUGCUGGAGCGGGCCGACGACUGCGACGACCUGGGCCUCGUCUGCUCACUCUACUGCCUGGGCCGGCUGGGCGCUCCCCGCUCGGACGCGACCGUGCGCCGGCUGUUCGAGUGUUCCCUGCGCCGGCUGCCCGACCUCCCGUUGGCCGCCUUCAGCCGGCUGGGGGCGAGCGUGCACCUGUGGCCGGUCUGGCCGCCGCGGCUCGUGCUGCCCUACCUGCGCGCCCUCACGGCGCACACGGCCGCCUGCGGCUCGUGGCACGAGCUCAGCCUGGUGACCACGGCCUUCGCCAGCGCGCGCCGCUACCUGUCGGCCGAGGCGGAGCGACGCUUCAUGUCGCUCGUGCACCGGUUCGCGCUGCACGUGGAUGCGCAGCCGGAGGACACGGCGGCGCUGCUGAAGCUGCUGCGCGUGCUGAAACCUUCCAUUCCCGGGGUUCUGGAGGAUGAGAACUCUCGGUGGACCUUCAUCCAUGACAUCGAGUUCGUCCAGCGCCUUCUGAACGACCUGCGACCCGUGCGUCCGGCCGAGCACCAGUCGCUGUGGGAUCUGGUGCCUCCGGGCUCAUUCAGCAGCACGUACCAAAGAGCGCACGUGGCGGCGUUCCUGGUGGCGUUCUGUCCGCGCCAGGUGCCGGCCGGCGUGGUGGCGCACCUGCAGCGACUGGCCGAGCGCGACCAGCUGACGGUCUCCGUUCUGCGCUGGCUCUCGAAGGCGGUCGGCAUCGGUCGGCUGCGGGUGCAGGGCGAACCCGAGCCGCCCGCCGACGAGUACCUGCACCAGCUGACGCAGCUGACGAUCGCGCUCAACGGCGUCACGCUCCGCCUCCUGCCGACACUGACAUCUGUCGACUCGGUCAUCUGGCUGGCCCAGAGUACCUUGCAGCGCCGCGGCGUGCUCCGCGGAGACGUGGCUGUGCUGGACGCCGUGGUGGCGCGCUUCAAUCAGCUGGUGUCAUCUCCUGAAUUGUGCACGGGCCAGCUGACCUCGCAGGCGGCCGAGGUGCUGGCCGGCUGUCUGGCCGGCGUGCUGUACCGGGACGCGGCCGCCCUGGACCACCUGUGCCGACACGUGGUGCAGCACCGGGAGCACGUGGCAGGCGUGGUGGCCGAGCGCGUGCUGUCGGCGGCCUUCAGCACCGGCUACUGGCCGUCCGACAGCCCGGCGUUCGAGGACUUCCUGGAGCAUCUACCGAUGCCGGCGGGACGCACCCUGCGGGCGUGCCAGGCGCUCUGUCUGUACGGCCAGCUGCCGGCCCACCUGGCCCGCACCGUGCUGGGCCAGGCCUUCCUCCACAAGACGGAGCGCCAGAUCAGGAACCUCUCCGAGCUGACCACCCUAGCUCGGGCGACGGCCGCCGAGGGGACCGGCUGA